CCCGCCUCCUCUCUCUUCUACCUCGGGCAUCGUCCUGCGCGGUAUACCGAUGAAGAAGCUGUUCACCAGGGAGAAAGUCCCAAAGGCUCCGAAACAGCCCGCUACUGCUCGCGAUGCGGCUUACCCUGCUCAGACGCCGCUUGGGGAGGAUCAUACGUUCCAAUAUUCACCAACCCCGCAGUAUCACGAGCCUACACCAGGCCGGAAUGCACGACGCUCGACCAGUGAUGAACGUUGGGAGGUAGUGCAGCCGUUCGAGGAUGGAUCUCCGACUCAUCUACCCCGACCUCCGCUUUUAACGGACUCAAGAACGUCCUCCCUUGCCUCAUUGAUAUCCUCGGGCACGCCACCUGGAGCAACCCCUCGCGCAGUCUCUCCUAUGAAUCAACCGCACCCUCGACAGAAGUCCCCGCCUCUCAGUGAUCGCGAGCCUCAAAUGCUGCGAAAGAAACCUCCAAAUGCUGGCACGGGAGCUGCUGCCCUGGGGAUACUGAAAGCUCUUGAUCCUCAUCCUGAAGGGCCUGGCUACCACGACGAUACCUCUAAUGCGUCUGAUGGGCAGGUGAAAGAAGAGAAGAAAGAGAAGAAGGGGUUCUGGGACCGAGCAGGUGCAGGGCUACGUGACAUGCGAGAUAGGGAGAAGGAGAAGGAGAAGCUGAGAGAGAGUCAUAAGAACCAGGAUCAAGGCCAUGAGCUGACCAGGAUGAUAGGGUGGCUCACGGCGACUGGAUCCGAGGAUUGGGCAUAUGUCCUUGAUGCUUGUGAGAAGGCCUCUGCAAAUGAGGUCAAUGCAAAGGAAGCAGCCAAAGCCUUACGAAGAGAGUUCAAAUACGCUGAACCUCCAGCUCAACUGUCCUCUGCACGGCUAUGGGCUAUCAUGCUUCGAAACUGCUCCGACGUGUUCAUUACCCAAUGCAGCUCGCGCAAAUUCCUAGAUACCCUGGACGAAGUCAUAACGUCUCCUCGUACUUCACCUGUAGUCCGAGAGCGCUUGGUGGAUAUUUUGGGAGCUGCAACAUACAUGACCAAUGGUAAAGAGUCUAAAUCUGAGCGGGACGGCUUCCGUGCUCUCUGGCGCAAAGUGAAGCCCGCGGACAAGCCCGACGAGGGCGUACCGUUCGAUGAGGACGAUGCUAUGUUCAGUCCACCUGCAUCUCGUCGUCACUCGCAGUUUUCGGUUCUGCAAAGCCCGCAGAUAGACAUUGACGUGACGCCGGUUGUCCAUUCACAACCGCAAUCUGAGACUGUGACUCCCAAGUCUCGGAAGCACAAGUCUUCACAGAAGAACCGUGUAAUUCCUCCGGAAGAAGAUAUGCGACGCCUGUUCCAAGAGUGUAAGGUCGGUCGCGGCAACGCUGCGCUCCUGUCAGAAUCGUUGGCAUUUGCCAAGCCGGAAGAUCUGCAAGAGAAAGACGUUAUACGGGAAUUUUAUUAUAAAUGCCGUGCAUCGCAAGAACUCAUCUACGCACAAAUCCCAUGGGCGUCGGCAGGAGCAGAACGCUCCAGGCUUGCUGCGGCUGCACGGGAUUCCGCCAACUUCCCGGGAACCGACGAGGAGCCGGCGGCCCCAACACCUGAAGAGCAGCUAUUGGCAGCACUUCUUGAAGCGAACGAAGAGCUUCAAGAGGCACUCAGGUUAUAUGAUGACCUUGAGAGGGUCGGCCUUGAACGCCAGGCGGAGGAGAGGAGCCGAAAGGAAGUCCGCAUGGAUCGCUCGAAACUUAAUGCCGAUGAGGAUGGUCAUUCGAUGUACCCUGCCUCUUCUCCUUCACAAUUUGCGGGAGGCUCUUCCUCUCAUAGCCCAUCACCUUCCCCAUCGCCAUCGCCGCCAUCAACGCAUGGUUUCCUCCCUCAUGGCCAUCGAGCAUCAAUUACUUCACCUGAUUUCGACCAUCCGCAUCAUUCUUUGGCACCCCCGCGCUCUGCUCCUCAUGGCCCGCGCUCACCGACCCUUAACAUAGCUCGAUCACGAACUCCGUCAUGGGAGCGUCAGUCAGUGGCGCAGUCCGGUCGUCAGUCAAUGCUCAGUGUAGCAGAGCUUCGCCGCGCCUCACAGAACGGAGGUCGCCAAUCCGAGGACAGCUCUGUUGAUGAGGAAUAUGCGACCCCUGUCAAGCCCAGCGCCAAAGCCCUCGGGAAGCGGCGCCAGGUUGACGCCGAUGACUCGAGUACUCGUUUUGAUCCCGAUGACAUCUUUCUGGAGCAUAGAGAUCGACUCAACGGCUCAGAGGAUGAUCUUGCUUCGGAUGCGGACGAUGCGGAACUUAGGCGGUGGCAUCAACCUGUCCAUUACGUCUAUGAUGCAGCAGCAGAGCGUACGGAGCAGCGACUGAAAGAAGGUCAUCUGGGGCUUGUCAAUGGUGUCCGGUAGCAUACGUCGUGGUGCUUGACUACAGUGCUGGAUUCCAGCCAUCAUAUUCCGUACUUGAUAUUAGUCGAAGGAAUAAUGUUUUCACUCGAUCCCACUGCAAAUCUAUCUCUAGCUUUGCGGCUGGAGCCAGCCUCUCAUUCUGGCAACCUGAGCCAGUAUAGGUUCCGCCGACCUCUGUUCUUCAUUCCUGCACAGUGCCCGUCCCUCCAUGUCAUCCAUCUCAGCAAAUCUUCUCCAUUUCUUCAGGCCAUCGUCCUCCACGUUCAGGGCUUGGACUAUAU